CUGAGUUACUUAUAUUAUGUAAGAAAUCUAUUGCCAACCAGUCGAUAUUCUGUUAGGAAUUAAGAUAAUAUAAAGUUAUUAUGUUUGGAUUGGAAAGCAGAAAGUUCCUGAUCACUGGCGCAUCAGGCGGAAUAGGGCAAGCAAUUGUAAAAAUUAUGCACAAAGCUGGAGCAACUUUAUGUAUUUCUGGCACAAAAAAAGAAGUGCUCGAAGAAGUUGCUAAACAAUAUGAAAAAAACAUACACAUACUCCCUUGUGACUUAUCAAAUGCUGAGGAAGUAAAUCAACUAAUAAAUAGAGCAAGUGAGUUGAUGGAAGGCUUUGACGGGCUUGUAUGCAAUGCGGGCAUUACGCGAGACAGUUUAUUACUGAGAAUGACAGAUGAAAUAUGGCAAAAAGUAAUUGAUAUUAACUUGAGUUCUACAUUUAAGCUGAGUAGAGAAGCAUGUAAGAGACUAAUUAAGAAUAAUUGGGGAAGAAUUAUAAAUAUUUCCUCAAUAAUAGGGCUGACAGGAAACGCCGGGCAAGCAAAUUAUGCGGCGUCUAAAGCUGGAAUAAUAGCUAUGAGCAAAUCUAUAGCAAAAGAAGUUGCAAGUCGUAAUAUAACAGUAAAUUGUAUUGCUCCUGGGUUUAUAGAUACUAAAAUGACUGAAGUUUUAAAUGAAGUGCAAAAGGGAAAAAUAUUAGAUAAUAUUCCAAUGAAAAGAAUGGGAACAGGGGAAGAAAUAGCAGCAGGGGUCUUAUUUUUAGCAAGUGAUGAAGCAAAAUAUAUAACAGGGCAUGUGCUUAACAUUAAUGGUGGGUUAUUUAUGUAGCAACACUUAUGUAUGGACAAAUUAUAAUUUUUACUUUAAAAUAAAAAUAUGUGUAGGUUUAGGUUUGCGUUAAUUUAUUAUUUAGAGGCAAAAAAAUGAGCUCUAUAAUAGGAUUUUUUGGUGUUUUGUGUGUAGUAUUGCUUUUCUCUUUCUCAGGUUAUGCAGAUAACCCUGGUGUUGAUAUGGAUGACACAACUAAAGUAAUAUGCAAUAUUAUUGGUUAUGUUUGGGGGAUAGGCGGUCCA